AUGGCCAACGACGGUCUCAGUGACGUCCCCAAAGGCGGAUGGCGAGCUUCUCGCGGCUGGCGAAUACCAGAAUGGGUUGAGCCCGUGCUCAUCGUCACUAUUCUCUUCUCAUCUAUGUAUAUCACCCGCCGCAAGAACUACUCCAUCAUCAGGCAGAACUCGCCAGCGCGCUCACACCCCAUACAAGAUGAUUCCUCUCGCCACAGCACACCACUACUCAACUACCCAGACGUCGAAUCGCCUCGUCGCUCCCACGAGUCCAAUAGGGACUCCUUCGGAGGACCGCACCCGCUCAAGGAUCGCACUCUGUGCGGCGUGAUGCGCAUCCAGACGCCCAACUCUAGCCGGUUCACCACCAACGUCCACUCGCGCAUCCUCCAAAAGUUCCCCUUCCUUAUUGAGACGUGGUACUGGGGCAUCAGCUUCGGCUUCUACCGCCUGACAACGACCCUGGCCCAGUGGUACUACGGCGGCCGUCGUAGCAUGUGGGACUCGGCCCAGGCGCACGGCAUGUACCUCUUGGAUCUCGAGGCCAGCUUCUGGGGCGGCGACUACGAGGGACCCGCGCGCUGGCUAGAGUGGCGUAUCCAGCGUUGGUUCCUCGUAGGCAUGGAGGUUGGUGACUGGCGUGGUGUUUGGCUGACGAUCCUUAACCGCGGAUAUGCCCUCAUCCAUAUUCCUGGUACUGUGGGCUUCAUUGCGUAUUAUUACGCCACGGCCCCGACGCACUCACGCUUCUGUACCGUCCGCCGCACCAUGACCGUAACCAACUUCAUAGCCUUUGCCAUCUUCAUCACGGUACCCACUAUGCCGCCACGCCUGCUGCCCGAAAAGUACGGUUUUGUCGAUACGGUCAACUUGGAAAAUGCCGAGUCCGUGUGGAUGAGCGGCGACUUUGUCAACAAGUUGGCGGCCAUGCCAAGUAUGCACUUUGGUUACGCGUUUUGCAUCGGCGCCGUCUUCAUGGCCGACAGCGGUGUGUUGAACGGCGCAUACGCCUGGAUAAAGCGGGCGUUUGCGUGCCAGACCGGAGACGAGCGCCUGGUAGACGACGACGACGAGAGCGAUGUGAAGAUCCUGGCGCAGCGCAGUGCGUUUACACGAUGGGCCAUGUUCGCGUUCGGCCUUUGGUAUCCAUGCUGGACCCUAUUGACAAUUGUGGCGACGGCCAACCACUACUUCCUGGACGCGCUGUUCGCGACGUUUGUCGUCCUAAUCGCCUACUGGCGCAACCUGUGUCUGAAGGUGUUUAUCCCACUCGAAGACUACCAGCUGUGGUUGAUGAGGGUGGAGAAGCCGAUUCCCACGACGGGAAGGAAAAAGAAUAUGGUUGUGGAUUAG